AUGACACCACAGUCUCAGACCUCUCUGACGUCCUACCUGCUAGGCAACCUGCACUGUCCAUCAUGUGUCGCCGCCAUUCGCAGCCUACUAGCCGACACCUACGGCGAUAAGAUAAAAUGGGUGUCGCCGAACCUCGUCACCUCCGUCGUGACCGUCGAGCAUCUGUCAACCAUCCCCGGCAUCGUUCAAAACAUGGCCAAGACUCUCGAGGACGUUGGCUUCGACGUUUGCGCCGUGGAUUCGUCCAGGGACAGCACUGAUCAGAGCGUCACCGUUGUCGACCAGGGCGAUGGCAAUCUCGUCGCCCCGCAGAGGGGGAGCGGCUUUGAAUUCUUCUCCUGGCUCUGGAGGCCCAUGUCCUCUCCGUCACAGGACGCCGCCCGCGCCGCCCAUCUCAAGAACUGCCACUCCUGUCGAAGCGGUCAGGACCACCAUGACGACGUCUCUUCUUCGAUACAGUCUCCCGUAUCACCCAACUACCAGGCAUCCGCCACAGCUGCGGCCCUUGAUGGCGUCGUCACCGCCGACGGCGCGGCGGCGCCCUCGGGUCCCUGGCGAGCGACCCUCUCCGUCGGCGGCAUGACGUGCGCUGUCUGCACCAACACUAUCACCAACGAGAUGGAGAAGCUGCCAUGGGUGUCCAGGGUCGUCGUCAACCUCGUGGCCAACAGCGCCGUCGUCGACUUUACCGAGCCUGACCGUGAGCAGGACAUUGUCGAGGGCAUCCAGGACCUGGGCUACGAGGCGACACUGGAUAAUGUACAGGAUCUCGGCCGCGACAGCGAAAAGCAGACGGACGCCCGCGAGGUCGAGAUCAAGAUUGACGGCAUAUUUUGCCCUCGCUGCCCGGACCGAAUCUACGCCACGAUGAAGAGCUUUGGCACAAAGCACGUCGAUGUGCUUAACAAGCCCACCAUCAACCGCCCGCUCCUCAAGGUCCGAUACACCCCAGCCUCUCCCACCUUUACCAUUCGACACAUCCUCAAGGCUAUCGAGGCGACAGAUCCGUCACUCCACGCCUCCAUCUACCACCCCCCAACGCUUGAAGAGAGGUCCAGGGCCAUCCGGGCAAAGCACCAGCGUGCUCUGCUCUGGCGUAUGAUAUUGGCUCUCAUCAUCGCCGUCCCAACCCUCAUAUUGGGCAUUGUCUACAUGAGUCUUGUCCCUGACUCGGAUCCCACCAAACACUAUCUCAUGAAGCCAUGGGUUUCGGGGCUCAGUCGCAUGGAAAUCAUACUCUUUGCGCUCUCUACCCCUGUUUACUUCUUCGGUGCCGACAUCUUUCACACCCGUGCGAUGAAGGAGGUCUGGACCAUGUGGAAGAGCGGCAGUCGCACGUCUCUGGCUCAGCGCUUUUACAAAUUUGGCAGCAUGAAUCUGCUCAUCUCUCUGGGCACGACAAUUGCCUACUUUUCAUCCAUUGCACAAAUGAUUGCGGCCGCCGUCAACCAUGAUAUGGAUGUCCCGGCAGAUCGCUUCUACUUUGACUCGGUCGUCUUCCUGACGCUGUUCCUCUUGGCAGGACGAAUGAUUGAGGCUUACAGCAAGUCGAAAACCGGAAGUGCUGUUGUAGCCUUGGCCAAGCUGCGUCCCAAUACUGCACUUCUCGUCGAGGAAAGGGCAGGUUCUGUCGUGACGGCGCAGAUCCCUCUGGACCAGCUGGAACAUGGCGACGUAAUUAGAGUCCCGCAUGGUGCCUCGCCCGCUGCAGAUGGUACUAUUCUCACGGGUGAAAGCAACUUUGACGAGUCUAGUCUCACCGGUGAAUCACGACCUAUCAAGAAGAUCCCGGGUGACGAAGUCUUUGCAGGCACUGUCAACAAAGGAUCCGCCAUCACAAUCCGUGCAACUGGCACGUCUGGCAAGUCCAUGCUUGAUCAAAUUGUCGAAGUAGUGCGCGAGGGUCAGACGAAGCGAGCUCCUGUGGAACAAAUCGCCGACCUCAUGACUUCGUACUUUGUUCCUGUCGUCACACUGAUUGCCGUCAUUACUUGGAUCGUCUGGCUAGUCUUGGUGCAGACCGGCAAAGUCUCUGGUGAGGAGACGGAUACCACUAGCGGGCGUAUUGCGUUUGCGUUCCAGUUUGCCAUUGCCGUCUUUGUCGUUGCCUGCCCGUGCGGCCUCGGACUCGCCGCCCCCACGGCCAUCUUUGUCGGGGGAGGCAUCGCCGCUAACCAUGGCAUCCUCGUCAAGGGCGGCGGCGAGGCAUUCGAGAAGGCGAGCAGAAUUGACUGCGUUGUGUUUGACAAGACGGGCACGCUUACCGUUGGCGGCGAGCCUCAGAUCACCGACUCGGCGAUGCUGCCCGAAGGCCCCGUCGACGUCCCGGAGACUACUAUCCUCUCUGGCCUGAAAGCCAUCGAGGAGAACAGCACUCAUCCCAUCGCCAAGGCCAUUGUUGCGUUUUGCGGCACCGAGCGGUCGUCGGCGGAUCUUGAAGCCGUUGAGGAAGUGCCGGGCAAGGGCAUGAAAGCGGCCUUCAAAUCGUCCGAGCUCAAUAUUGCUGUCGGCAACGAAGCCCUCAUGCGCAGCCUCGAUGUGAACAUGUCGGAUAGAACUCGCUCGACACUCGAGACGUGGAAGAGGGAAGCCAAGUCCGUCGCUCUCGUUGCCAUUGAGAAGGACUCUGCGUGGCGCCUCGCGACCAUCAUGGCCAUCUCCGACCCGAUCCGCGACGAGACGGUGCCAGUGAUCAAGGCGCUGCAGCAGCGCGGCACCCAAGUCUGGAUGCUCUCCGGCGACAACCUGACGACGGCGCGGGCCGUGGCGCACCUUGUAGGCAUUCCUUCGGACCACGUCCUCGCCGAGGUGCUGCCGUCGGAAAAGGCGGAUCGGGUACGAUAUCUGCAGGCAACAGCCGGUGGCACCGCCGGGAGCGGGCGGGCGAUGGUGGCCAUGGUCGGCGACGGUGUCAACGACGCACCAGCUCUGACAACGGCCGACGUGGGCGUGGCCAUCGGGUCCGGCAGCGACGUGGCCAUUUCGAGCGCCGACUUUGUGCUCGCGGGGUCGCGGCUCACGGCCGUGCCGACGCUGCUGGACCUGUCGCGCGUCGUCUUUCGCCGCAUCAAGAUGAACUUUGGCUGGGCGAUCGUCUACAACAUGGUCGCGCUGCCGAUUGCGGCGGGCUGCCUGUACGCGGUCCGCACCAACAGCGGCGCGCACAUCAAGCUCGACCCCGUCUGGGCGAGCCUGGCCAUGGCGCUCAGCAGCUUGUCGGUGGUGCUGAGCAGCUUGAGCCUGCGCAGCGGCAUCCCCUUUGUAAGCUUCCGCGCCAAGCGCGUGGGUGCUUGA